AUGUCCGCCUUCGAAGAACUCGGCGUAAUGCCGGAGCUAAUUGAAGCUCUGGACGACAUGAGCUGGCAUUUACCGACCCCGGUCCAAACCGAAUCCGUGCCGCUAAUCCUGGGCGGUGGAGACGUAGCCGUUGCCGCAGAGACGGGCUCUGGAAAGACAGGCGCCUUCUGUUUACCAGUUGCCCAAGUCGUCUACGAGACACGCAACACAAACCUAUCCAAGUCCACCCUGAGCGAGACAGCCCCUACCGCAGAGGAGCAGGCCGGUCCAAUUAAAUUGUCUGAGGUUGACCGAGGGAAGCACGUCGCCGUCGCUGAUGGAUUUUUGGCCCAGUGUCGAGAUCGCGCCUUUUGGCAAGGCGUGCGCGCUACUCGUGGGGUAGCGAGCGGAAAGUGGUACUUUAUCGGGAGACCUCGCGAUGAUGGUAUCUGUCGUAUGGGAUGGAGCUCAGUGCACGCCCAGCUGAAUUUGGGCACGGAUCAAAAGGGUUUUGGCUAUGGCGGCACCGGUAUGAGAUCGCAUGGUGGCUCAUUUGACGCAUACGGCAAGCCGUACACAACGGGGGACCAAGUCUGUUGCAUGGUUGAAUUUCAGCUUUGUGAGGACAUCGAGCGUUCAAGAGUCCUCAUUUCGUUCGCGCUGAAUGAGAAGGAGCUUGGCGAAGCGUUCGAUGUAUCGUGGAAGGAGCUCGGUCUCGACAACAUGAGCCUCAUUCCAACACUUGCCAUGAAGAAUGCCGAAUUGGAAAUCCUUUUGCAAGAACGCUCAACCACAGCUGAAAAGCAUGGGUUCAAGCAUAUAUCGGGUGCCACCCUUGCCGAUGCAGUGAUCUCGGAGGAAGCCCAAGCUUUGUUUGACGAAUACGCAGAAGAGGACCAAGACGGGGACCAGGAAAUGCGUGAGGUGGAAAGCGAGAAGGCUGGCGAGAAAGGAAAGGCUCCUUUGGCCUUAAUUUUGGAGCCCUCCAGAGAACUUGCAGGGCAAGUAGAGAAUGAGCUAACCAAGAUCGGGAAGCAGUUGCCUGACAGAGCUGUUCGUCACCUGCUGCUCAUCGGAGGGGGGAGUCAGAAAACAGAACUGGCCAUGUUGAAACGAGGUGUUGACAUUGUCACCGGUACCCUUGGAUCGAUCGUGAAGCACGUGAAGAAGCGCACUCUCUCGCUGGAUAGUAUCCGCUUCUUCGUCAUAGAUGAAGCGGAUACGUUUGCAACAGACAAUCUUAGGGACAUUCUGUUUCUCCAUGAAAAAGUGCCGACCAAGAACCGCGUCCAGACUUUGCUGUUUUCUGCUACACUGCACUCUCCCGAAAUACGGGCGUUGUCGGACAAGAUCCAGUCGUUCCCGACGUGGGUGGAUUUGAAGGGCAAAGAAGCAGUUCCCGAAACACUCCAUCACACCAUGGUUCGCAUAGACGCCGAUGCGGACACCGCCAUGCUUGACGAAUGUCCUGAUGGCCUCGAGUGGCCCCUUGACGAAGUCCAUAUUUUCGAGGACAAGGGCCGAGCUAAGAACAAGAAGGCGCGAGCCGAGUCGAACGCCGGCAUCGCCGACGGUGUAGACGCCGCGGAUCUGCGAUCGCAAACCGUCAAAAAGCUCAAGCUCAUCGCUCUGAAGAAGGUGAUCGACGCAAACGCGAUGAGCCAGGCGAUGAUUUUCGUGCGCACGCAGAGAGACGCAGACAACGUUGAGUCGUUUCUAAUUCAGUGCUCGGGCGUCUCGGCGAGCGACGUGGCCUCGAGAAGGUUUCGAGGCCGCCACGACUCCGGGCCGGAGGUGGAAUACUCAUGUUCAGUGUUACAUGGCGGGCGCAGACAAGAGGAGCGUAACCAGGCGCUGGCCGCCUUCAAGGCAUCAGAGGUGCGCUUUCUCGUGUGUACGGACGUGGCUGCGAGGGGGAUUGACAUCGUCGGCCUGCCGUUCCUAGUCAAUGUGACGCUGCCGGACAAGUCUGAAAACUACAUUCACCGGGUGGGGCGCGCGGGAAGGGCAGAACGGCUGGGGCUUGCAGUUUCAUUGGUGGCGGCGCAAAAGGAGGCUGUGUGGUUUCACACGUGCAAGAAGACAAAGGGAAAAGGGGUGUGCAACAACAGGAAGCUUGUGACAGCGCGCGGAUGUGUGAUGUGGUACAACGAGGGCAAGCUGCUGGGGGAGAUCGAGGAGCGGCUCAAAGGACGGAUCGAGGAACUUGGACCGGACUUAAGGCGAAAAAACGUGGAUGCGGGACCCGUGAUGUACGGGUCGAAGAUUGGAGAGAUGGACGUAAGUUCGGAGACGGCGAAGCGGGUGGAGCGACUGCAGCCGGCCGUGCGCAAACUGGUGCGGAUGGAAGAGGAGGCGCAGGCGAUGUUCUUCGCGCUGCAGGGGAGGUAG